CUGGCAGGCAGCAUGUAAGAUGAGUGAAGAUGCGGGGGGGGAGCGGGCGCGCAGAGGCAGCGCUGCCAUCGAACAUCGCUCACUCGGGCAGCGGCGGGGCAGGGAGCGAGCCCCAAGUCGAUGCCAGGGGCUGCACACCCGCGAGGGGCGCAGGACGAUGGCCCUGAACGCCAAGCAGCCCUUCACCAUGCCCGCCGCCCUGCAGGAGCCCAAGUUCUCCAGCCUGCACGCCAGCGCAGAGGCGAUGCGCAGAGUUUGCCUCCCGGCCCCGCAGCUCCAGGGCAAUAUAUUCGGGAGCUUUGAUGAGAGCCUGCUGGCCCGCGCGGAGGCUCUGGCCGCCGUCGACAUCGCCCCCCACGCCAAGGGCCUCCCCCACCACCAUCAUCACCCCCCCUUCAAGCCGGACGCCGCGUUCUCCGCCAUGAGCGGCGUCCCUUGCGCCGCCGCCGCCCUCCCGCUGCCCGCCGCACUCCCGCACCCGCUCCCGCACCCGGCGCUGGACGGCGGCGACCUCCUGGAGCACCUCUCCUCGCCGCUGGCCGUCGGGGGGCUGCCCGAGCCGCUGCCGCCGCCGCUGCCGCCCGCAGCCCCCCUGGCCCUGCCCGUGGGCGCCCCAGGGGGGCCGCCGCCGCCACCAGCCGCGCCCGAAGUGGGGUCGGACCCGCGGGAGCUGGAGGCCUUCGCGGAGCGGUUCAAGCAGCGGCGGGUGCGGCUGGGGGUGACGCAGGCCGACGUGGGGGCGGCGCUGGCGGCGCUGCAGCUGCCGGGGGUGGGCGCGCUCAGCCAGAGCACGAUCUGCCGCUUCGAGUCGCUGACGCUGUCGCACAAUAACAUGGCAGCGCUGCGGCCCGUGCUCCAGGCCUGGCUGGACGGCGCCGAGGCCGCGCACCGCGACGGCGCCGCGGGCCCCGACCUGCUGCCGGGCGCCGAGCGCAAGCGCAAGCGGACCUCGAUCGCCGCGCCCGAGAAGCGCUCGCUGGAGGCGUUCUUCGCGCUGCAGCCGCGGCCCUCCGCGGAGAAGAUCGCGGCCAUCGCCGAGAAGCUGGACCUCAAGAAGAACGUGGUGCGCGUCUGGUUCUGCAACCAGCGGCAGAAGCAGAAGCGCAUGAAGUACUCGGCGGUGCACUGACGGCGCCCGGGCCCGCCUCACCGGCACCGACAGCCCCGACGGCGCCGCCUCAUCGCACCCCCGGGACGGGACGGGACGGCCCCGCGCAUCCCCCGGCGUCUCCGGGACAUCCCGGACCC